AUGUCCGCUGACCAUCCAACAACAUCAGAAACGGCACGUCUGAAUGCCUUCCUCGCGGACUGCCUGUCUGUUGGUAGCUUAAAGGGUUUCAAACAUUUUGAGUUGUACUUGAGGGGACGCGAAGAACUCUUACUUCGUAUAUACAAUGUUGGUAAGCCCACUAUUCCAGCAUGUGAGACAAGUCGGAGAAAUUACAAUUCCUUAUCGUUGGCGAAGUUGCAGAGCAAGGCAUUAUUCUCUCCGAGGACGCGGCAAUUCUUAAACAAUGGCAUAUACGCAAAUGAAAAUGGUGCCUUGUCACUUCCUAGCCCAUUGGACAAGGAUUUGGAAAAGGAUGAGUCUAAAACAGUUUUCCUGAUUGCUGGCUAUGCCCGAUAUAAGUGUCCUUACGUUUGGCUUCGUUCAAACCAUAAAAGUCUAAUUCAAAUACAAGAUAACCAACAACUUGAAACCGAUAGUCCACUUAAACUCGAUACGAUAGCUGCAUGGAAAACGCAAGGUAUCAAGAGAUGGUUCAUUUUCGAUGUCAAGAAUCAAUUAGCUAACAGAUACGCUCGUGUCCUGGUGUAUGUAGACAUCAUAUUAUGGAACAUAAUGGCCGAAAUCAUAACUUUAUCGCUUUCACCACCGCCAACUAAUCCAUUCGAAAUCGACCAUUCGUAUUAUGAUACACUUCCUGUGGAAGAAUGUGCUGUUAGUACUGGAGCUAUGGUUGAUUUUUUGCAAAAAGUAUAUCUAAAGGACGUUGAAUACGCUGAAAAAGGUGAAUUAAAAACUGAGCAACAACACUUGCAUUCAACUUUUUUGAAGAUAUUAAAAUACUAUUACAACGGCACUUCGCAUCAUUUGAAGAAAUCAAUGAAGCUCUAA